UGAAGUGAUGGAAACACAACUGUGUGUUUGUGUGUGUGUGUGUGUGUGUCACAGAAUUUUGCAGGACUUUCAUGCAUUCAUGAUGCAUCAACAUUCUAGAAUCUUAUAUAUCAAAGGCACAGCCAGACACAGCUACAGAAGUGAAAUGCAGGACUUGGUUAUCAUUUAGAAAGAAACAAUGACUCAGACAUUCAAAAUCAUCUGCUGCAUGAAUGGACAAGAGGAAACAACAGGAAAUUUCUUUAAGAAGAAAUCUAUGUCUAUUUAUGGUCAGCAUCUUAACCCCUAAGGUACAUGGGCUUAUGUACAUGUGUAUGGGCAUAUGUAGCAUAUUAGAUUGGGAAUGUAGUAUAUUGAUUUUGGACAUCACAUUUCCAGGUCUUUCACCUUCCCCAUCUAGUAUGCUAAGUUAAAAAAAACAAUACAAUUCCAAAAUCAGAGUGGACGUUUCACAUUCAAUGUGUGGCUUAAGAUAUUGAUUGUGGAAGAUAUUGUAUGUUAGUAUAACAUAAUAAUUAGCUUUAUGUGCAUCUGUAGAUGAUUUUUUGUGGGUUUUGAAGGUUAGCAUAUGGAAGCAUUUGGGGGACAAGUUUAUGCAUUUAUUAUGGACAGAAAAGAAAUGAAAGGAAAUGAGGGCGAAAGAAAUGCAACAAAGGUCUUGGCCACAUUCGAACCAGGUAAGUCUCCAGCAAAUUAAUAUAAGUCAAAGUAAUGUCCUCUGAAGUGAUGGAAACACAACUGUGUGUGUGUGUGUGUGUGUGUGUGUGUGUGUGUGUGUGUGUGUGUGUGUGUGUGUGUGUGUCACAGAAUUUUGCAGGACCUUUCAUGCAUUCAUGAUUUAUCAACAUUCUAGAAUCUUAUAUAUCAAAGGCACAGCCAGACACAGCUACAGAAGUGAAAUGCAGGACUUGGUUAUCAUUUAGAAUGAAACAAUGACUCAGACAUUCAAAAUAAUCUGCUGUAUGAAGGGACAAGAGGAAACAACAGGAAAUUUCUUUAAGAAGAAAUCUAUGUCUAUUUAUGGUCAGCAUCUUAACCCCUACGGUACAUGGGCAAAUGUACAUGUGUAUGGGCAUAUGUAGCAUAUUAGAUUGGGAAUGUAGUAUAUUGAUUUUGGACAUCACAUUUCCAGGUCUUUCGUCUUCCCCAUCUAGUAUGCUAACUUAAAAAAACAAUACAAUUCCAAAAUCAGUGUGGAAGUUUCACAUUCAAUGUGUGGCUUAAGAUAUUGAUUGUGGAAGAUGUUGUAUGUUAGUGUAACAUAAUAAUUAGCUUUAUGUGCAUCUGUAGAUGAUUUUUUGUGGGUUUUGAAGGUUAGCAUAUUGAAGCAUUUGGGGGGACAAGUUUAUGCCUUUAUUACUGAAGGAAAAGUAAUCCAACAAAGGUUUUGGCCAAAUUCGAACCAGGUAUGUUGCAGUUGAUGGUCGCUGUCUAAACCCCUAAGGUACAGGGGAAGUUUUUGGAAGUUAUUAUCUAUCAGUGUCAUUUAUUUGACAGGAAACCUACUGUAUUUGUGCCUAAGUGGCAGUACCCUAUUGGUUUUGGAAGUUGGCAUUUGACCUUGGAAAUUGUGAAGUUUGAUUUUGGAAGUCACACUUCCUGGACAUUACCUUCCAAAUCCAGUAUGCUGACUUCCAAAACCAAUACGUUCCCUUCCAUAACCAAUAUGAAAGUUUUGUAUUUUUGUUGUGAUAGUUGACAUGUAUGUGUUAGUGUAAUUUAAUUGACAGGAAGCCUUUAUUGGUGGCAGUACCCUAGUUGGUUUUGGAAGUUUGCAUUAUGAAUGUGGAAGUCCCACUUCCAGGUCCUUCACAUACCAAAUCUACUAUGCUGACUUCCAAAACCAAUACGUUUCGUUCCAUAACCAAUAUGAAAGUUUUCCAAUUUGUGUGCAUCUUGACAUAUUGAUUUUGGAAGUUAUUGUCUAUCAUUGUCAUUUAUUUGACAGUAAACCUACUGCAUUUGUGCCUAAGUGGCAGUACACUAUUGGUUUUGGAAGUUUGCAUAUUAGUUUGGAAAGUUUGAAUUCUUAUUUUGGAAGUUACACUUCCGUUACGUUUCAUUUAUUUGACAGGAAACAUACUUUUUUUUUUGCCAAAGUGGCAGUAUCCUAUUGGUUUUGGAAACUGGCAUUUGACUUUAAUGCUCAUGCCACAUCCACACUCCUGUCUAGGUUUGUAAUUUCUCAGGCUCAAGAUGGAGUUCUGGUGGAGUUAUUUCUGAUGUGGAAGAGUGAGAAGGAAUAGGGAAGAUAGGGGAAACAAUGGUUGGGGUUAGGUAAGUCUCCAGCAAAUUAAUAUAAGUCAAUGUAAUGUCCUCUGAAGUGAUGGAAACACAACUGUGUGUGUGUGUGUGUGUGUGUGUGUGUGUGUGUGUGUGUGUGUGUGUGUGUCUCACAGAAUUUUGCAGGACCUUUCAUCUAUUUAUGAUGCAUCAACAUUCUAGAAUCUUAUAUAUCAAAGGCACAGCCAGACACAGCUAAAGAAGUGAAAUGCAGUACUUGGUUAUCAUUUAGAAAGAAACAAUGACUCAGACAUUCAAAAUAAUCUGCUGUAUGAAGGGACAAGAGGAAACAACAGGAAGUUUCUUUAACAAGGGAUCUCUUGGCAGUCAGUAUGCACAAGAGGAACAAUUUAAGCGACCGACUUUGCUUUCAAUUUGCAUAUGAAAAUGUGAGUAUUUUGUUAAGACAUACUUGAUGUGAACCUAUCCUUUAACUUGGAUAUAACUAUAACCACAUUGUUAGCUUCAAAAGUGAAAUGCAGUUGGACUGGACAGGACUUAUUAGGUUAUCAUUUAGGAAGAAACAGCGACUCAGACAUUCAAAAUCAUCUGCUGCAUGAAUGGACACGAGGAAGACCGUGAGAGGGCGAGUCAGCGACGUAAGCUCCGGAUCAAAUGCAUCCCAAUCCAGACAGACUGUUAAACUUCCCAAGCUAAUGAUAGCCAAAUAUGAUGGUGAAAUAAGCCAGUGGCAGGAAUUCUGGUCUCAGUAUGAAACAGCUAUUCACGAAAAUGAUGCGUUAUGCAAGACAGAUAAGUUUUCUUACCUCAGAUGCUAUUUGACUGGAGCAGCAGCUAGAACUAUUGCAGGGCUCACAACAACAGAUGACAACUAUGAACAGUGGGACUACUACAGAUGCUGUGUUGUCUUCUGUGACUAGUUCUGUAAAGGUUAAGACAGAUACUCAGAAGACAGUACUGCUUCAGACAGUUAAGGCAUGGAUUUUAGCCCCAAAAGAGAGAAAGAUAACUCGCUGUCUGUUAGAUGGAGGCAGCCAGCGUAGUUUCAUUCACAGAAGCGUAGUCAGAGCACUAGGGUUGCCAGUUGUAAGGCAAGAGACACUCAACCUCCAUGUUUUUGGUUCCACCUCUCCUGUGACAGAGAAAUGCAAUAUUGUGAGAGUUCAGCUUGAGAACAUGUGGAACACUGAAAAGAGACUUGAGAUAGAGGCAGUAGAGACUCCUCAGGUGUGUACAGCUCUGAUUAAGGUCCCGAGCGAGCCCAUUCAAACUGAAAUAAAGAAAAGAGGGCUGCAGCUUGCAGACUUUCCACUAGAGGGUGCUAACGACCAAGAGUUGCAAGUGUUAAUAGGAGCAGAUUUCUACUGGCAGGCAGUUACUGGUACGGUCCAAAAGGUUACAAACUCACUUGUAGCAGUUGAAUGCAUUUUUGGGUGGGCUUUACAGGGGCCAGUGGCUACCUCCAGUGUUACAGACACCACUUGCAUGCACAUUAGUUUGACUGAAGACACCCAGAUCUCUAAAGAGCUACAUGCAUUCUGGGAAGUGGAGUCCUUGGGCAUAGUCAGUCAGACAGAGAGCCCAGAGGACUCGGAUGUCCUACGAGACUUUGAAAAGACAACCACCUUUGAAAAUGGCCGCUGCCAAGUAGAGUUGCAAUGGCGAGCUGAUAAGACACAACUUCAAGACAACUUAAGGGUAGCAAAGAGACGUUUUGAGAGUCUUGUGAAAAAACUGAAAACUGAUGCAACCUUGUGUGAGAGGUACAACAAUGUUAUACAGGACUACCUCCAGCAAGGCAUUUGUGAGGAUGCAAUAGAGGAUACAACAGUGGCAGAGAAACAAGAGACUGUGAAAUAUUACAUGCCACAUCACGCUGUUGUACGAGAAGACAAGGCCACAACAAAACUUAGAGUGGUAUUUGAUGCAUCAUCACAUGAGGAAGGUUGCUCAUCACUCAAUGACUGUUUGUACAGUGGACCCAACCUAAACCCAAACCUGCUGGACGUGCUUAUUCAGUUCAGACUGCAUGAGAUAGCAUUCACUGCAGAUAUAACCAAGGCUUUUCUCCAGAUCUCUCUUUCUGAAAAGGACAAAGACGCUGUUAGGUUCCUGUGGCUGCACGGACCUCCAACUAAAGACUGUAAAAAUGAGGUACGUGUCUGAGAAUGAACAGAGUAGUUUUUGGAGUGUCUCCCAGCCCAUUCUUGCUUGCUGCCGCAAUAGGAAAACAUCUCAAACAAUCUGAAACAGUACAACCCAAGGCAGCACAGACACUCAGAGACUCUUUGUAUGUUGACGACUUCAUUUGGAGCUCACCAGAUGUGCAGGAGGCAGCACAUGUGACAACAGCAGCAAAGGACAUUCUCUGUCAGGCAGGCAUGAACCUGUGCAAAUAGGUAACCAACUCACCUGAUCUGAGAGCAAUGUGGAAAGAAAAAGGAGUACAGUGCACUGGAGAGUCAGAGUCCUGUGGAAAUGUGCUCAAGGUUCUAGGACUCGUGUGGAGACCAGAGGAGGCCAAUUUUGUGUUUGACCAAAGAGGACUAAUGAACAUUUUAAAAGACAAGGAAAACACAAAGAGAGGUGUACUACAACCAUCAGCCCGCAUAUUUGACCCCAUUGGGUUUCUCACUCCCUUUACUGUUAGAGUGAAGUGCCUUUUCCAAGAAAUGGGGGAAAGAGGGCUCAGUUAUGGGCAUAUGUAGCAUAUUAGAUUAGGAAUGUAGUAUAUUGAUUUUGGACAUCACAUUUCCAGGUCUUUCGCCUUCCCCAUCUAGUAUGCUAACUUAAAAAAACAAUACAAUUCCAAAAUCAGUGGAGUUUCACAUUCAAUGUGUGGCUUAAGCUAUUGAUUGUGGAAGAUAGUGUAUGUUAGUGUAACAUAAUAAUUAGCUUUAUGUGCAUGUGUGGAUGAUUUUUAGUGGGUUUUGAAGGUUAGAAUAUUGAAGCAUUUGGGGGGACAAGUUUAUGCCUUUAUGCCACAUCCACACUCUUGUCUAGGUUUGUAAUUUCUCAGGCUCAAAAUGGAGUUCUGAUGGAGUUAUUUCUGAUGUGGAAGAGUGAGAAGGAAUAGGGAAGAUAGGGGAAACAAUGGUUGGGGUUAGGUAAGUCUCCAGCAAAUUAAUAUAAGUCAAUGUAAUGUCCUCUGAAGUGAUGGAAACACAACUGUGAGAGUGUGUGUGUGUGUGUGUGUGUGUGUGUGUGUGUGUGUGUGUGUGUGUGUGUGUGUGUGUCACAGAAUUUUGCAGGACUUUCAUGCAUUCAUGAUGCAUCAACAUUCUAGAAUCUUAUAUAUCAAAGGCACAGCCAGACACAGCUACAGAAGUGAAAUGCAGGACUUGGUUAUCAUUUAGAUAGCAACAAUGAGUCAGACAUUAUCAAAAUAAUCUGCUGUAUGAAGGGACAAGAGGAAACAACACGAAUUUUCUUUAAGAAGGGAUCUCUUGCUACUUCUGGAGUACCUCAAGCAAGAUGGCGGCGCUUUAGAUAAGCUCUUAUCCACUCGCAAAUUAAUAUAAAAUUUAUGACGCAAUAGUUGACAUUUUGUUGAAAAAAAGACAUUGACAACGUCCAUGAUCCGGAUUCUAGGAACUUAAUCACGUUUUUCCGUCAGUACUGCGAUGACAACGACAUCCAAAUAUUUCAAGGAAGCAAACCGCAUGGCGACCAGGCGUACUCCACCUCCGAUGGAGGCCAAAGCAGAUUUGAGCCCGCCCGAAAAACAGACUGAUGCGAAAGUGAGCCUGGAGAGCCGCGAGAGCGCCGUGGAAUUGAAUGGGAAGAUGCUAAAUUAUCCGUAUUUCCCGACAUGACGAGGGAACUGGCUGAAAAAAGAAAGAUGUUUCUGCCUGCCAAGAAAGCGCUCCAACAGCUAAAUGUGAGGUACACGCUUGCUUUUCCCGCUAUCCUGAGAUUCACCUGGAAAGGUAGAAACCGUAGUUUUACCAGCACCGAGGAAGCGGAGCGUUUCAUCAGCACUUUGCGCAAUAAUGAGACAUAAACAGGUAUGCCCUUUUAAGACCGUAAUGCUUACGGAUGGUGAGGAACAUAAAGUCAACCAUGAGUAGGAAUUAAUCGCGAGUGGGUUCUGAACUUUAGAUGAGGUGCUGCCCGAGCAGCGUGCAGCUGGACAGCGACAACCGGCUGCAUGAGGAGUGACCCGCGGACCAGAAGGAGUUAUUUUCUGUUGUUGCAUGUUAUAUUUGCAACUGUUUUUGCUUUUCUGUUUUUUUGUUUUGGUUUGGAGACCGGAGAUCGGUCAGAGCUCCCAGUUUGCGUUUUACGGGAGCACUUUAUGUUACUUAAUUGUGUUGGUUUUGUUUAUUGUAAUUUUUCUAUGAAAAAAGGUUCAGUCAUGACAAAGUUUACUAUUAAAAAUUUGUUAUUAUACUUGCUAGGUUGCAAUAUACAUAUAGGUCUAUCGUUAUAUACACGACAGUGGCUUUGGCAUUCCCCAUCCCAUUCUAUCUGUUUAUUUAUUUCCCCCUUGAUAUUACAUAGUACAUUAUGGUAGGGAAUUAUAUUACAUGCAUGUCUUGGAAUAUAAAAGGCUGUGGGAAUCCUAUUAAAAGAGGCAAAGUUAUGGCUUAUUUGAUACAUAAUAAACAUCGCAUUUAUCCAGGAAACACACUUUCAAGGGGAAGAGGCUCUAAAAUUGAAAUAUGGAUGGGUCGGACAAGUAUUCCAUAGCUCUUUUUCCAGCAAGCGGAAUGGCGUUGUUAUACUAGUGAACAAGAAAUUAAAUUUUAGCCUGAUUGGUGAGGUCAAAGAUUGUGAAGGGAGAAUGGUCUGUGUACAGGCCCAGAUAAACGGUAUCACAGUGGUGUUGUGUAACAUCUACGCACCAAAUAUAGGGGAUCCUAGUUUUUUCUAUGAAGUAAACAAGACCUUAGGGGAAAUGGAAGGUCAAAUAAUCCUGGCCGGAGAUUUUAAUCAAGUUUGGGAUGCUUUUCUAGACAAAAGUAAAUUUAGUAACCAACCGCAUCCGCAUAGACAGAGUAGCUAUUCAUAUGAUGAGUGAAGAUAAUGGGUUAGUGGAUAUUUGGCGUCUAGUGAAUCCGCACGAGAGGGAAUAUACCUUUUACUCACAUUGUCAUAAAUCCCACUCCAGAAUUGAUAUGUUUCUGAUCUCGAAUACCUUGACAAAGCAUGUUACACAUUGCAAAAUAAAUGCUAUCGCUUUAUCAGAUCAUGCCGCUGUGAAGUUAGGCAUUGAUAUUAACUGCGAUAAAGAGAGAAAAGGCAGAUGGAGAUUAAACACUUCACUUCUAUCACAUGAGGCCUUUAGUUUAUCGUUAAAAGAAGAUUUACAGUCUUUUUUUGAAAUCAAUACUGGUAGUACUGAUAGAAGAUCAACUGAAUGGGAAGCAUCUAAAGCAUAUGUAAGAGGAAAGAUAAUAGGCUAUGCAUCGAAAUGGAAAAGGGAGGACCUGGACAGAAUACAGGAAUUAGAUAACAAAAUUAAGAAUUAUGAAAAAGAAUUAUCCAAACACUUUUCAAAUCAAUUGUAUCAAGAUAUUUGUAAAUUUAAAUUUGAACUUCAGGAAAUGUAUAAUAAAAAGGUAGAAUAUGCCUUAUUUAGACUGGGAGCUGCUUUCUAUGAAGAUGGGGAGAAAACUGGUAAACUGCUAGCCAGACAGUUGAAACAAAAGAAUACAUGCAAUUUAAUAGCCGCUAUUAAGAAAGGAAGUUCAAUAGUUACCUCAACAAAGGAAAUAAAUGAUGUAUUGCAGCAGUUCUAUAAGGAAUUAUACACAGCUGAUAUUAAUCCUAAACAAGAAGAAUUGCUAAGUUUUUUCUCCAAUCUCAAACUACCUAAACUGUCCUCAGAAGAGGUGAGUUUGCUAGAAGGUCCAAUAACAGAACUUGAAGUCAGAAAAGCUGUAUCUAUUAUGCGGAAUGGAAAAUCAGCAGGAUUAGAUGGGCUCCCUGUUGAAUAUUAUGAACAAUAUAUAGACUUACUUGCACCCAUCCUAACAGAAGUAUAUAAUGAAGAAUGUACAAGGGGAUCUCUUACCCCUUCUUUUAACAAUGCUCUAAUAUCUGUGAUUCAGCAUAUUAGAUUGGGAAGGUAGUAUAUUUAUUUUGGACAUCACAUUUCCAGGUCUUUCGUCUUCCCCAUCUAGUAUGCUAACUUAAAAAAACAAUACAAUUCCAAAAUCAGUGUGGAAGUUUCACAUUCAAUGUGUGGCUUAAGAUAUUGAUUGUGGAAGAUAUUGUAUGUUAGUGUAACAUAAUAAUUAGCUUUAUGUGCAUCUGUAGAUGAUUUUUUGUGGGUUUUGAAGGUUAGCAUAUUGAAGCAUUUGGGGGGACAAGUUUAUGCCUUUAUUACUGAAGGAAAAGAAAUGCAACAAAGGUCUUGGCCAAAUUCGAACCAGGUAUGUUGCAGUUGAUGGUCGCUGUCUUAACCCCUAAGGUACAGGGGAAGUUUUUGGAAGUUAUUAUCUAUCAGUGUCAUUUAUUUGACAGGAAACCUACUGUAUUUGUGCCUAAGUGGCAGUACCCUACUGGUUUUGGAAGUUGGCAUUUGACUUUGGAAAUUUUGAAGUUUGAUUGUGGAAGUCACACUUCCUGGACAUGACCUUCCAAAUCCAGUAUGCUGAAUUCCAAAACUAUUACGUUCCCUUCCAAAACCAAUAUCAAAGUUUUGUAUGUGUUGUGAUGGUUGACAUGUUGAUUUUCUAACUUCUUAUGUGUUAGUGUAAUUUAAUUGACAGGAAGCCUUUAUUGUUGGCAGUACCCUAGUUGGUUUGGAAGUUUGCAUUAUGAAUGUGGAAGUCACACUUCCAGGUCUUUCACAUACCAAAUGUACUAUGCUGACUUCCAAAACCAAUACGUUUUGUUCCAUAACCAAUAUGAAAGGUUUGCAUUUUUGAGUGCAUCUUUACAUAUUGAUUUUGGAAGUUAUUAUCUAUCAGUUUCAUUUAUUUGCCAGGAAACCUACUUUAUUAUUGUCAAAGUGGCAGUAUCCUAUUGGUUUUGGAAACUGGCAUUUGACUGUAAUGCUCAUGCCACAUCCACAUUCCUGUCUAUGUUUGUAAUUUCUCAGGCUCAAAAUGGAGUUCUGGUGGAGUUAUUUCUGAUGUGGAAGAGUGAGACGGAAUAGGGAAGAUAGGGGAAACAAUGAUUGGGGUUAGAAUUUUGCAGGACCUUUCAUGCAUUCAUGGUGCAUCAACAUUCUAGAAUCUUAUAUAUCAAAGGCACAGCCAGACACAGCUACAGAAGUGAAAUGCAGGACUUGGUUAUCAUUUAGAAAGAAACAAUGACUCAGACAGUCAAAAUAAUCUGCUGGAUGAAUGGACAAGAGGAAACAACAGGAAAUUUCUUUAAGUAGAAAUCUAUGUCUAUUGAUGGUCAGCGUCUUAACCCCUAAGGUACAUGGGCAUAUGAAGCAUAUUAGAUUCGGAAGGAAACCUACUUUAUUAUUGCCAAAGUGGCAGUAUCCUAUUGGUUUUUGAAAUUGGCAUUUGACUUUAAUGCUCAUGCCACAUCCACACUCCUGUCUAGGUUUGUAAUUUCUCAGGCUCAAGAUGGAGUUCUGGUGAAAUAAUUUCUGAUGUUUAAGAGUGAGAAGGAAUAGGGAAGAUAGGGGAAACAAUGGUUGGGGUUAGAAUUUUGCAGGACCUUUCAUGCCUUCAUGAUGCAUCAACAUUCUAGAAUUUUAUAUAUCAAAGGCACAGCCAGACACAGCUACAGAAGUGAAAUGCAGUUGGACUAGACAGGACUUGGUUAUCAUUUAGAAAGAAACAGCGACUCAGACAUUCAAAAUCAUCUGCUGCAUGAAUAGACACAAGGAAACAACAGGAAAUUUCUUUAAGAAGGAAUCUAUGUAUAUUGAUGGUCAGCGUCUUAAGCCCUAAGGUACAUGGGCAAUAUAAUUUUGCAGGACCUUUCAUGCCUUCAUGAUGCAUCAACAUUCUAGAAUUUUAUAUAUCAAAGGCACAGCCAGACACAGCUACAGAAGUGAAAUGCAGUUGGACUAGACAGGACUUGGUUAUCAUUUAGAAAGAAACAGCGACUCAGACAUUCAAAAUCAUCUGCUGGAUGAAUGGACAAGAGGAAACAACAGGAAAUUUCUUUAAGUAGAAAUCUAUGUCUAUUUAUGGUCAGCAUCUUAACCCCUAAGGUACAUGGGCCUAUGUACAUGUGUAUGGGCAUAUGUAGCAUAUUAGAUUGGGAAUGUAGUAUAUUGAUUUUUGAGAUAACAUUUCCAGGUCUUUCGUCUUCCCCAUCUAGUAUGCUAACUUAAAAAAACAAUACAAUUCCAAAAUCAGUGUGGAAGUUUCACAUUCAAUGUGUGGCUUAAGAUAUUGAUUGUGGAAGAUAUUGUAUGUUAGUGUAACAUAAUAAUUAGCUUUAUGUGCAUCUGUACAUGAUUUUUUUGUGGGUUUUGAAGGUUAACAUAUUGAAGCAUUUGGGGGGACAAGUUUAUGCCUUUAUUACGGAAGGAAAAGUAAUCCAACAAAGGUUUUGGCCAAAUUCGAACCAGGUAUGUUGCAGUUGAUGGUCGCUGUCUAAACCCCUAAGGUACAGGGGAAGUUUUUGGAAGUUAUUAUCUAUCAGUGUCAUUUAUUUGACAGGAAACCUACUGUAUUUGUGCCUAAGUGGCAGUACCCUAUUGGUUUUGGAAGUUGGCAUUUGACCUUGGAAAUUCUGAAGUUUGAUUUUGGAAGUCACACUUCCUGGACAUUACCUUCCAAAUCCAGUAUGCUGACUUCCAAAACCAAUAUGUUCCCUUCCAAAACCAAUAUGAAAGUUUUGUAUGUGUUGUGAUGGUUGACAUGUUGAUUUUGUAACUUCUUAUGUGUUAGUGUAAUUUAAUUGACAGGCAGCCUUUAUUGGCGGCAGUACCCUAGGUGGUUUUGGAAGUUUGCAUUAUGAAUGUGGAAGUCACACUACCAGGUCUUUCGCAUACCAAAUCUACUAUGCUGACUUCCUAAACCAAUCCAUAACCAAUAUGAAAGUUUUGCAUUUUGUGUGCAUCUUGACAUAUUGAUUUUGGAAGUUAUUAUCUAUCAUUGUCAUUUAUUUGACAGGAAACCUACUGCAUUUGUGCCUAAGUGGCAGUACACUAUUGGUUUUGGAAGUUUGCAUGUUAGUUUGGAAAGUUUGAAUUCUGAUUUUGGAAGUUACACUUCCAGGACUUUUACCUUUCAAAUCAAGUACCAAUAUGAAAGUUUUGCAUUUUGUGUGCAUCUUGACAUAUUGAUUUUGGACGUUAUUAACUAUCAGUGUCAUUUAUUUGACAGGAAACCUACUUUAUUAUUGCCAAAGUGGCAGUAUCCUAUUGGUUUUUGAAAUUGGCAUUUGACUUUAAUGCUCAUGCCACAUCCACACUCCUGUCUAGGUUUGUAAUUUCUCAGGCUCAAGAUGGAGUUCUGGUGAAAUAAUUUCUGAUGUUUAAGAGUGAGAAGGAAUAGGGAAGAUAGGGGAAACAAUGGUUGGGGUUAGGUAAGUCUCCAGCAAAUUAAUAUAAGUCAAUGUAAUGUCCUCUGAAGUGAUGGAAACACAACUGUGUGUGUGUGUGUGUGUGUGUGUGUGUGUGUGUGUGUGUGUGUGUGUGUGUGUGUGUGUGUGUGUGUGUGUGUGUCACAGAAUUUUGCAGGACCUUUCAUGCCUUCAUGAUGCAUCAACAUUCUAGAAUUUUAUAUAUCAAAGGCACAGCCAGACACAGCUACAGAAGUGAAAUGCAGUUGGACUAGACAGGACUUGGUUAUCAUUUAGAAAGAAACAGCGACUCAGACAUUCAAAAUCUUCUGCUGCAUGAAUAGACACGAGGAAACAACAGGAAAUUUCUUUAAGAAGGAAUCUAUGUAUAUUGAUGGUCAGCGUCUUAAGCCCUAAGGUACAUGGGCAAUAUGUACGUAUGUAUGGACAUAUGUAGCAUAUUAGAUUGGGAAUGUAGUAUAUUGAUUUUGGACAUCACAUUUCCAGGUCUUUCGUCUUCCCCAUCUAGUAUGCUAACUUAAAAAAACAAUACAAUUCCAAAAUCAGUGUGGAAGUUUCACAUUCAAUGUGUCGCCGAUGAUAUUGAUUGUGGAAGAUAUUGUAUGUUAGUGUAACAUAAUAAUUAGCUUUAUGUGCAUCUGUAGAUGAUUUUUUGUGGGUUUUGAAGGUUAGCAUAUUGAAGCAUUUGGGGGGACAAGUUUAUGCCUUUAUUACGGGCAGAAACGAAAUGAAAGGAAAUGAGGGCGAAAGAAAUUAUAAACGACCUACCGAGCUUUCAAUUUGCAGAUGGAAAUGUGAGUAUUUUGUUAAGACAGACUUGAUGUGAACUUAUCCUUUAACUUUGAUAUAACUAUAACCACAUUGUUAGCUUCAGAAAUGAAAUGCAGUUGGACUGGACAGGACUUGGUUAUCAUUUAGGAAGAAACAGCGACUCAGACAAUCAAAAUCAUCUGCUGCAUGAAUGGACAAGAUUGGAUGGAAACUUAUACUUUAUUGGCGGCAGUACCCUAGGUGGUUUUGGAAGUUUGCAUUAUGAAUGUGGAAGUCACCAGGUCUUUCGCAUACCAAAUCUACUAUGCUGACUUCCUACCCUAUUGGUUUUGGAAGUUGGCAUUUGGCUUUAAUGCUCAUGCCACAUCCACACUCCUGUCUAGGUUUAUAAUUUCUCAGGCUCAAGAUGGAGUUCUGGUGGAGUUAUUUCUGAUGUGGAAGAGUGAGAAGGAAUAGGGAAGAUAGGGGAAACAAUGGUUGGGGUUAGGUAAGUCUCCAGCAAAUUAAUAUAAGUCAAUGUAAUGUCCUCUGAAGUGAUGGAAACACAACUGUGUGUGUGUGUGUGUGUGUGUGUGUGUGUGUGUGUGUGUGUGUGUGUGUGUGUCACAGAAUUUUGCAGGACCUUUCAUGCCUUCAUGAUGCAUCAACAUUCUAGAAUUUUAUAUAUCAAAGGCACAGCCAGACACAGCUACAGAAGUGAAAUGCAGUUGGACUAGACAGGACUUGGUUAUCAUUUAGAAAGAAACAGCUACUCAGACAUUCAAAAUCAUCUGCUGGAUGAAUGGACAAGAGGAAACAACAGGAAAUUUCUUUAAGUAGAAAUCUAUGUCUAUUUAUGGUCAGCAUCUUAACCCCUAAGGUACAUGGGCCUAUGUACAUGUGUAUGGGCAUAUGUAGCAUAUUAGAUUGGGAAUGUAGUAUAUUGAUUUUGGACAUCACAUUUCCAGGUCUUUCGUCUUCCCCAUCUAGUAUGCUAACUUAAAAAAACAAUACAAUUCCAAAAUCAGUGUGGACGUUUCACAUUCAAUGUGUGGCUUAAGAUAUUGAUUGUGGAAGAUAUUGUAUGUUAGUGUAACAUAAUAAUUAGCUUUAUGUGCAUCUGUACAUGAUUUUUUGUGGGUUUUGAAGGUUAGCAUAUUGAAGCAUUUGGGGGGACAAGUUUAUGCCUUUAUUACGGAAGGAAAAGUAAUCCAACAAAGGUUUUGGCCAAAUUCGAACCAGGCUCAAAAUGGAGUUCUGGUGGAGUUAUUUCUGAUGUGGAAGAGUGAGACGGAAUAGG